AUGAAACUCCCCGUCCCAGUCCAGAUCCUGGGGUCGUGGAGUCUUAAGCCUGUGUUCCACUUCUGCCUGUGUAAAAAACUCGUCACGCCGUCGUCCUCUGAAGUUCGCCGCGAGACCGGCUCCGUGCGCGCGUCCACCGACCCGUGCGCGCUCUUGUACACAGUGUGUGCGUGUGCGCGUGUACGUGGACCGGAGGAGGAGACAGACCGAGCAGGAAGCAGCAGAGGCAGAAGCAGAGCGCACAGCCACAGCAGAGCCGUCCAUCCUCCCCCGCUCCUUCUCCUCGCUGUGACCUCGCUCCACUAUGCCCAGGAUCUAAACUCUCGCCACCGCCAACAUCUUCACUGGAUUGGGCGCAUUCAACCUGCGGGGAAAAUGCAAAGAAUUGUCAGUUUGUCCAUUUCUGUGCUGCUGGUUUUAUGGGGGUGUGCGCUCGGAGGGUCGCCCAGUGUUCAGAUCGGAGGGCUUUUUCCGCGGGGUGCAGACCAGGAGUACAGCGCGUUUCGGAUAGGAAUGGUUCAGUUUGGCACACAGGAGUUCCGCCUCACGCCUCACAUCGACAACCUCGAAGUGGCCAAUAGUUUCGCCGUCACCAACUGCUGUAAGUAA